CGUAAAAAUUAUAAGCUUCAGUCGUCGUCUUAUCGCACUCGUAUCAGCAUCCUAAAGCUGCAUUGCAAUACACUGCUAUAGUGCUAAAGUGCUGUGCUUCAUCGAAACAAACGAAAGCAGAGUGACUCAGUGAGCGAUAAUCUUCUCGCGGACAGUGAGGUGAAAAAACCGAGGAUAUCGUUGAAUAUUGAUACCAACAUGUUGAAAAUCGGUUUUCUCGGUGGAGGAAAAAUGGCCCAAGCGCUCGCGAAAGGCUUCGUACGAACGGGUUUAAGCAAAGGCGAGAUGAUAUUAGCCAGUUGUCUUCCAAACGACAAUGGAAGCAUCGAGACAUUUAAGGAAAUGGGAUCAAAUACCGUUUUUACCAAUGUUCCUGUCAUCGAUCAUGGUGAUGUGUUGAUCCUAUCGGUAAAACCGCAAGUUGUACCGAAGAUUCUGCCAGAAUUGAGGUUACACAACAAGAAAAAAUUACUCAUCUCCAUCGCUAUGGGUAUCUCCUUGGCGUCAAUAGAAAGGGCACUGGAAGGAACGCCCAUAAUAAGGGUAAUGCCGAAUACACCGGCGUUAGUGGGUUGCGGUGCUACGGUGUUUGCACGUGGAAAGCACGCGAGUGACAAGGAUGCCGAGAUCACGGAGAAAUUAUUUUCCGCCGUAGGAAUUUGCGAAGAAGUCUCGGAAAAUCUCAUCGACCCCGUCACCGCCUUGGCCGCUUCUGGUCCUGCCUAUGUAUACAUGAUGAUCGAAGCAAUGGCUGAUGGUGGAGUAAAAAUGGGACUUACUAGGCCUAUCGCGUAUAAGCUCGCCGCACAAACUGUUUUAGGCGCCGGUACCAUGGUUCGUGAAACAAAUAUGCAUCCGGGACAACUUAAGGACGACGUGACUUCACCGGCAGGAUGCACCAUAACUGGAAUUCACCAAUUAGAAAAACGUGGUUUAAGAUCAGCCUUAAUUGAUGCAAUAGAAGCGGCAACGCUUCGAUGUAAAGAAGUUAGUUCACAGACAGAAAAAAAUUAAUUGCAACAAAGAUUUUUAUGACAUACUUGUACAUCAAUGCGCAUUUGGAAGAGUAAUAGUGGCUAUAGAAAGAAUGAAAUAAUGCAGGAUAAAGAAUUAUUUUAAAAAGUAAAUCUUUUUUAGGAUAGAUUUUGUAUUAUUAAGAGAAGGCAUUUUUACUAUAUUAACAGAUAUUGUAGAUAAUAAGUUUCCAUGAAUUACGACAAUCUUAUUAAUCAUGAUCAGGGCUGGGCAAACAUAUUUGAAAUACAAAAUACAAAAACUAACAAUUUUAGUAUUUAUUGCAAAAUAUCUUCAAUUUUUUUA